AUGGAAAACGCAAUAGCAUCGGCGGUUUCGGAUAAUGUUUCUCCGGAAGAAGAGGAAAUUUCAGAACCUGUAACAUCAGUGGAAUCUGAGAAAUGUCCAGUAGAAAUGGUUUCUCAAGAGUCUUCCUCUGAGGGGACGAUUUCAAAGCACGAAGAAAAGAAAAAAGAUGAUCCGAAACCUUCAGUAGCUCAGAAAAAGAAACCUUCUCGACGCCGUUCAUCUAUUGGUAUGCAGCUAAUGAGUACAUUUCUCGCUCCCGGAACAGAAGAAAUAAUGAGUCCAGUAGAGCCAAGAGUUCGACCAAAGAGAAAUAUCCCUGUAAGACCACCGCCGGCACCUGUAGCGCCAGUGAAAAAAGUGAAGCCGGUGGAAGUUCGUUACUCGUUCGAUCUCGGCGAAAGAAAAGAAACCAAAUCUUGUCUGAAGACGACUACCUGGCCAAUACUCAUCGGUAAAGGAACUAUCGUUCCCAAACCGAAAUCGCGAACUCAAAUGGCGGCUAGUAAAGUCAAAGAAAAGUACCGAAACAGUGCGAAUUUCGGAGAAGCCACUCCCAUCCGUAGACCAUCAAAACUCAAGUUUCACAAUAUAUGUUCUAUACGAGUUAUGACUCCUCGCGCAGAUUAUGAUCCUGAACGGCUGCAAAUGGGAUCGCCAGAAGGUUACGAUGCUUUUCGAGAGCGUCUCAGCACUGUCGAGUUACAAUUAACACCACAAUCGGAGGCAAUGCUGGACGAAAUGAGAGAGACUGGUGUAGUUCAAGUCAACGCACAAAUGGUGUUUGGUGAUUCUGAUACAAUGGCCACGGAGUCAUCUUCAGAUGCGAACAACACUGCCGUGGAAGACGUUGCAUUUGUCGAGGAGGCUGAGAAAGAACCAGACGUGUUUGUUGAAAAGAAGAAGGCAUCUAGAAGGAAGUCAGUUAUGCUCGGUUCCGCUGCUCCUUUAAAAUCUCCCGCGAAGAUUGAACAAGCACGGGACGACGACAUCGUUGAAGUAUCCAGUGAACCGUCUACUUCUUCUUCUUCUUCUCGGAAGUCCCGUAGAUCCGUCCGAUUGAAUCCAGAUGCGAUAGAAAAGCCAGACGAGAAGGACGUUAUUUUGUAUGAGAAAGAAAAGGAACCGAAGAAGAAACGAGACCGGGAUGUUCCCGUUGAUGGUCCAGUCGAACCGAAUCCGAAAAGAAGUCGACGAAGAUCUGCCUAUAUCAAGCCGGACGAAGAGGUGACAGUCGACAUGGAUGUUGGAAAAGAAAAGAAGAACACCACGAUUGCCGCUUUUUUCUCUCCAAAACAUCCAAAGAAGACGGAGGAGAAGGUUUUGGAAGCUGAAAAAGAGCGAAAAUCCUCUCGAAGGUCUUCUGCAUAUUUUGGAACAGCGAGAGUUUCCAAGGAGAAGUUUGUUCAGGAGCUUGAUGAAGACGUGGAAAUCGUUGAAGAUCCCACGCCUUUAACGUCUUCUGUGAUUGCAAGAUUUUCCUCAUCUUCCUCCUCAUCGUCCGGUUCUACUCUGAAAAUCGAAGAAGACUCAUCUGCACCACCUCCAACUUCUCUGAAACUUGCAUCUAUUUUUGAGAAGCCUUCAGCUCAAAUAGCAAGAGUCGCUGAAGUUAAAGAUAACAAGAUAUCCACACCGACAUCCAGCCCAUCAAGUACAAAGUUCUUUUCAAUGUUCUCACCGAAACCAAAGCCAAAAGUUGUCUCUGAAUCAUCAUCGGACACCAUAACUGUUUCGGAUAGUCCUAUGGUCCAAAGAAAGCCAAAAUCGGCAGGUGUACAACGAAAGGAACACUGGGGUGAUAGGCAUCCUGAAAGCUACGAGUUCGUUCUGAAAAUGGCUCCAGAAUCGAGCAUUCUGGAAGAAGAAAUAAUCGAUGAAGACAUAUUCAAAUCAAGAAUUGUCGAAGAUGAUGUUUUAAGUGUUGGUUUAAAAGUUGAAUCAGACCUACGUGAAGUAGAACAAGAGCAAGCAGAUUUUCUGAUAGCUACACCGCCUGAGGAAAUAACUAUUGAGAAACUAAGCGUCCCUGAAAAGUGCUGUCCUUCUACAGUGUUCCCAUCCGAUAUGGAUCAUUUAGUAGAAGGAGCAGAAGAGAAAGAAUUGAUUUGCGGAUGGUUGAAAAGAUGGAAAAAACGAGUGAGAAAAGAAUGGGAACGAGAACUGGCGACUAAGAAACAGAAGCAGAAGCACGAAGGAAGACGAGGAAGAAAGAGAAAGGAUUCAGAAGAUUCAGGAGAUGAGUUUGAAUUGGAUGCAAGAGAUGAUGAUCUGGAGAAUCCUUUAGUGUUGAUUGGUCCAACCGGUGUAGGAAAGACUGCUUUGAUCCGAGCGCUCGCAAAACAAUCAAACAUGCGAAUAAUCUCAAUUGGUCCCGACGAAGAACGAUCCGGAGCGGAGAUCAAAAAGAAACUUCAAGAGGCGAUUCGAUCACAUCGUGUUGACCAACAGCCAGAUCGGAGAAUUUCAAUGUUUUACAAAACAGUCACUGAUUCUAGCUUUAACCCAAAAAAUUCAACGCCGAAAGAAUUUGUACAGAGUUUGGUAGUUUUCGAGCACGUCGAUGUCUUUUUCGAAAAACUCGAUCGUUAUGGGCCCAACGGGCUGCUGGAGAUUGUCAACGAUUCGUCUGUACCUGUGAUCUUCACUUGUGAAAAUGAUUGGCCGCGAAAAACUGCGCAAGUAGAGUUGAGACGCAGAUUUUUUGAAGUUCGAAUGGGAAGAAACGAGGUGAAGAUUCAAAAAUAUGUUCAGAAAUUAAUAUAUUCCUGCCGAAACGUCUUCUUGGAUGAUUCUACAAUCCAAAAACUAUCCACGUCUGUGAAUCACGAUCUUCAAUCACUGAUCCGUCAAGCUCAUCUCUUCUCGUUGGUCCCGACUCUACCAUUUCCUAUCACUUCUCGAUUUCUCACUUCAACUGGUUUUGAACAAGAUUGGGAAAGACCAAGAGAGGCAUUAUCAAAGAAAGAUGAACGACUGGAAGAAGCGAUAGAACAACAUGGAGACGUGCUUCCUGAUGGAAUCGUUAAAAUACAUCACCCAAAGAAAGAGAAACUCUGGGACGCGGAUGGCAGAAAAUUGGCUCGAAAACAGUCGGAAUGUUUGGAAAGUGUUCAAAAUGCGUUUGAGGCAUUGCAUGGAAGAUACUCUCGAAAAAGUUUAGUACAAGAUGUGCUUCCGCUACUUGUUCCAAUUGAUCGGGUCGAGCGUCAGAAGCGAGCAGUAUCCAGAAGACAUCUGCAUCGUUUCAAGGUACUUUCGGAUGUUCCGAUCGACGGAGAUGCGUUGAUUGAAGUCGUCGGUGGUUGGAGCAUCAGUGGUCGUCAUUAA